CUUCAUCCCUGUGGGGCCCCAAGCCCUCCCGGGGGUGCCGGGGCACGGAUCCCUCCGUGGUCGGUGCGGGAACAGGAGGCCCCACCCCAGGGCGGUUGCUGACGCCACGCAGGGACCCGGGUGUCCGGGAUCGGAGCAGGAAGCAGGAGCCGUCGGCCGCGGCGGGGCCGGUGGAGCCGGGAGUGGGGCUGUUUGGGAGCAGGCAGCGUGGGGCCGGGGCGCCCCACGGCCCCGGCCCCGCCAUGCCCACGCUGGGGCAGCUCCUGCUCGUGCUGGUGGUGACGGCGGCGGGUGGGCGUGGGGGCCCCCGCGACAGCCUGACCUGCUCCCAGGGCCUCGCCUGCCGCCUCUUGGACACCGACGUGCUGUGUGGGACGGAGCCCCCGGGGCCUGGCCAUGGGCUGUCCCUGGCUCGUCUGCGGCUGGAGCCGGCACUGCACUGCAGUGAGCCCACGGCCUGUGUGCCCUGUCUGGAGGCACGUGUGCGCCUGGCCUUGGCACCUGCCACCAGAGCCACCACUGCCAUCGAAACCCACCGCUCCGUGCUGCUAGGGAUCCCUGGGGCAGAGGAUGGCAGUGGCGGGGGACAGUGGUCAUCAGUGGCUGGGGUCACCUUGUCCCAACCAAAUGUCACUGGGCUGCUGCUGCUCUCAGGGCACACAUUUGCCUCCUCCCGCUGUGUGGCCGUGGAGGUCUGGGCACCUCUGGCCCCCACACAGCGCAACCAAACCCUGGGCUGGGUGAUCUUCCGGUGCUUCGAGGCACCGCUGGGCUCUGAGCUCCACGUCACGGCGUACACAAACUCACGUGGACAGCGGAGUCUGAGCCGGCAGAAGCGGGUGCCAGACUGCUCAUGGCCCCCGGCACAGGCUGCUGUCCCCCAGUGCCAAGUGCCCAGGCUGCAGAUCUCCCCAGGGCAGAAGGAGGUGGUUGUGGAGGUGCAAGGGGCUGUGGCGGGGCACAGCUACACGCUCCGGCUCUACCACAACCAGAGCCACAGCACUGGUGGGCCGGGGCAUGCAGUGACCGCGAGCAGACCCAUGAACUACAGCCUGCCUGCCGAUGAGGUGCUGCCCUGCCUCUGCCUGCAGGUCUGGCUGGAGACCCAGGACCCACUGAGGGCCACCCUGUGCCCCUUCUCCCAUGAUGCCAAGGCCUGGGAGCGACUGUGGAUGCAGAGCCAGCUGGUCCUACACACUGAGGGGCAGGUGCUGACCUGCUCCCUCUCAGCCCCCUGCGACCUCCCAGCCAAGCUAGUGCCCUGCUGGCAGCCAGUGCCCUCCGGGCCCUGCCAACCCCUCCCUGGCCUGCAGCAGCCCACCAUAGGGCAGGGACCCCGGGAGUUUGGAAGGCUGCGGCCACACCCCAAUCUCUGUGUGCAGGUGUGGAGUGGUGGGCAGGUCCGGUUGAUCCAGUGCCUGCGGGACCGAGUGCUGCCCGGCCGCCCCGAUGACCUCCUGCUGCUGGAGCAUGGGGGGAAUGCCUCGCUGUGCGCUGUGGAGCAGGAUGCCUGCACGCCCCUCGCCAGCUUCACCAGCAUGGGAAGGGGGCACCCCGGGCUGCUGGAGCAGGAUCUGCAGCGGGAUGUGGCAGCAGGGCAGUGCUGGCAGAUCUGGCACCCUGAAAACAGCACCGAGGUCGUGCUCUGGGCCUGUCCCAUGCACAAGUACCUGCGUGCCCGCUGGGCACUGGUGUGGAUGGGGGUGCUGCUGGCGGCUGCCUGUCUCCUACUCCUGCUCGUGCUGAAGAAGGAGGACAUGAAAGGAUGGCUGAAGUCACUGAGGGCUGGUUAUGGCUCUGAGGGUCCCCUGCAAGGCCGGCGGGCACUGCUGGUACACGCGGCGGAGCCGGCGGCAGAGCGGGCGGCGUGUGCCUUGAUGGCAGCUCUGCGCCCACUGGGGCUGCUGGUGGUGGCAGCACCGGGGGGUGGCAGCGGGGUAGCGGCGUGGGGACCACUACCCUGGCUGCACGCCCAGCACCGCCGAGCACUGCGUGACGGUGACACCAUCAUCUUCCUCCUCUCUCCCGCUGCAGUGGCUGCUGCACAACAGUGGGACAUGGGGGCCAGGGUUGUGCUGGAGGCCGGGGCUGCUGAAAGCAGCCUCAUCCCGCAGCAUGGCCCUGGCCCUGCUGAUGUCCCAGCUGUGGCACCCUGUGAGGUGUUUGCGGCAGCUCUGUCCUGUGCCAUGCCGGCACUGGCGGCGGGCACUGGGCGCUACAUGGUGGUCCAGCUGGAGGCCUUGGUGCCGGCAGUGCCUCCAGCACUUCAGGCAGCCCCUGCCUUUGCACUGCCCACUGAGAUGGGGGGAUUCCUGCGGGCACUGGUGGGACCAGCCUGGCGGCAGGGACGGUGGCCAGAGCCAUAUGUGGCAGCGGCGGCUGAGGGGCUGCGGCGGGCAGUGGGGGAAUAAAGGGGUGACAGUGCUUUUCCUGACCUUGA